AUGGAUCUUUUCAGAAAGUAUCUAGCGGGACCUCAAGCAGGCUUAGAACCGACGGAAGCAGAAACUGUUGAACGAUUAACUGACCGUGUCAAUUCUUCAACAUUACUAGAAGAUAGAAGAGAUGCUGUUAGGGCUCUUAAAUCUCUUUCAAAGAAAUUUCGUUACGAAGUUGGAACUAAAUCUAUGAACACACUCAUUGCAGUUAUGCAAACUGAUAGAACAGAUUUAGAAAUUUUAGGAUACACACUGGAUGCAUUGUGCAAUAUUAUGUCCUGUGAUGUUGAUGAUGAAAGUUUGUUAUCACUACUUGCAUCAAAUAUAUAUGAAGAAAGUUCUGGUUUUAAAUCAAAUGGAAAAUUAACACUGUUGUUUUCUGAAAUGUUUAUCAAAGAUACAAAUAAUGUUUCAUUGCUUUUGUCUUUGUUGCAGGAAUACGACUACCAUAUUUUGCUGCCAACUAUCCACUUGUUAACAGUUCUUUUACAAAACAAAACAAGAGAUGUACAAGAAAUCAUUCUCACAAAUCCCAUGGGCAUCUCAAAAAUGAUGGAUUUGUUAGCGGACUCUAGAGAAGUUGUUAGAAAUGAGAAUAUGUUGUUGCUAUACGAAUUGACAAAAGGUAACACAAACAUACAAAAAAUUGUUGCUUUUGAAAAUGCUUUUGAAAAAUUGUUUGAAAUCAUCAGAGACGAAGGAGGAAGCGAUGGAGGUGUGGUUGUAGAAGAUUGUUUACUAGUGUUGCUUAACUUGUUGCGAAACAAUAUUUCCAACCAGAAUUUUCUAAAGGAAGGUAGUUUUAUUCAACGAUUGCCAAGUUACUUUGAUAUAAACGAUAACUCGGAACAUUGUAUUACCUGGCCUUUGCAAAAGACGAUGAAUGUUUGCAAUAUGUUAAAGUUAAUAAGACUGCUGGUGUCCCCAAACAAUCCACUUCAACAUAUUACAUCGUGUCAAAUACUCAUGCAUAACUGCGGGUUGUUAAAUAACUUAAGUAAAAUGGUGUUAGCCGUUGGGAUACCAGUUGAUGCUCUGAUAGAAACUAUAAAUGCUGUUGCUGAGAUUAUUCGUGGAAACCAACAAAACCAGGAUUUUUUGGCAUCUGUUUUGGCCCCGUCUGUACCUCCUAGAUCUGCAAUAGUUGUUUUGCUUAUGUCGAUGUUAUCAGAUAGCCGCCCUUUUCAGUUACGAUGUUCGGUACUUUAUUGCUUUCAAUCAUUUCUCUAUAAAAACGAGCUUGGUCAAUCACAAAUCAUUAAAACUCUACUUCCUUCAACGUCCGAAGUUAAUCAAAUAUCAUCUGGACAAUUGUUGUGUACCGGUUUGUUUAACAACGACCCACUUUCUACUUGGUUUUCUGCCAUUUCUUUACUUCACAGCAUCAUCAACAACCAAGAUCAGAAAGAACAGCUACUAAGAGUUCAACUUGCAACAAGUUUAGGAAAUACUCCUGUUACUCUUAUUCAGCAAUGUGCUAAUAUGCUUUCUAUGGGUCUUAGAUUCCAAACGCGUGUUGGUUUACUACAGUUGUUAUGUCAUUGGUUGGCAGAUUGUUCUAAUGGUGUUACUCACUUUCUACUUGAAAGCUCUAAUGUUCCUUACUUGAUAUCUCAUGUUUCAUCGUCGGAGGGCGAUGAAAACGAAAUGAUCAUUCGAGGAUUAUGCGCAUUCUUGCUUGGGAUACUUGUUCUUUUCAAUAACAAUCAAGUGCAUUCAUUCCACAAAUCUGAUCUUCGCCAAAUAAUUGAGAAACGUAUUGGUGUUGAACAGUAUGCAGAUAUGUUGUCUCAGGUUUCUAAACAUGAAAGUUAUAGUAAAGCAUCAAAAGCUCCUAACAUAAUGUGCAACGAGCCUUCAGAAGUCAUAUUUGAUUUUGAAUUUACUAGAUUAUUUAAAAAACUUGAAAAUGAAGUAUUAAAAGCAGUUACCACUACAAAUGACACAGAUCAUGACAAGAAUGUGCAGCAUGAUAACAUUGUAGAACAAUAUAAACUUAUAAUCAGAGAACAAGUGAAUAUAAAUUUAUAUAUGAAUGCACAAAUGCAUUUAUUUAUUUUUUGUCUAUAUAUUCACUUGAAAUCAAAUUUAUUUAAUUAUACGUUUCGAAUUGCUACGACCGAAUUACUAAUUAUUAACUAG